AGGAGUCCCAGAGAGGCACUUCUGAAGAUCACACUGCACUUCCUGAGGAGUAUGAAGCAGGAGGAGCUGGCUGACUCUCUGGAGAGCAAAACCCCUGUUCCCUUGUGCUGGAGUAACCUCAAAGCAACUCUGAAGGAGAAGUUUCAGUGUUUGUUUGAGGGUGUUGCUAAACCAGGAGAGUCAACACUUCUGAAUCAGGUCUACACAGAGCUCUACAUCGCAGAGGGAGGGAGUGGAGAGGUCAGUAAUGAACACGAGGUCAGACAGAUUGAAACAGCAUCCAGGAAACCAGCGAGACCAGAAACACCGAUCAAAUGUGAAGACAUCUUUAAACCCUUACCUGGACAAGAUAAACCAAUCAGAACACUGAUGACAAGGGGAGUGGCUGGCAUCGGGAAAACAGUCUUAACACAGAAGUUCACUCUGGACUGGGCUGAAGACAAAACCAACCACAAUAUACACUUCACAUUUCCAUUCACGUUCAGAGAGCUGAAUGUGCUGAAAGAUAAAAAGUUCAGCUUGGUGGGACUUCUUCAUCACUUCUUUAUUGAAACCAAAGAAGCAGGAAUCUGCAGCUUUGACGAGUUCCAAGUUGUGUUCAUCUUUGAUGGUCUGGAUGAGUGUCGACUUCCUCUGGACUUCCAGAACAAUGAGAUCUGGACUGAUGUCACAAAGUCCACCUCAGUGGACGUGCUGCUGACAAACCUCAUCAAGGGGAAACUGCUUCCCUCUGCUCGCCUCUGGAUAACCACACGACCUGCAGCAGCCAACCAGAUCCCUCCAGAGUGGGUUGACAUGGUGACGGAUGUGAGAGGGUUCACUGAUCCACAGAAGGAGGAGUACUUCAAGAAGAGAUUCAGAGAUGAGAAGCAGACCAGGAGAAUCAUCUCACACAUCAAGACUUCACGAAGCCUCCACAUCAUGUGUCACAUCCCAGUCUUCUGUUGGAUCACUGCUACAGUUCUGGAUCACGUGUUGAGAACAGAUGAGAGAGGAGAGAUGCCCAAGACCCUGACUGAGAUGUACAUCCACUUCCUUGUGGUUCAGUCCAUCCAGGGGACUGUGAAGUAUCAUGGGAGAUCUGAAACAGAGCCACACUGGAAUACAGAGAGCAGGAAGAUGAUUGAGUCUCUGGGAAAACUGGCCUUUGAACAGCUGGAGAAAGGCAACCUGAUCUUCUAUGAAGCAGACCUGACAGAGUGUGGCAUAGAUAUCAGAGCAGCCUCAGUAUAUUCAGGAGUGUUCACACAGAUCUUUAAAGAGGAGUGUGGGCUGUACCAGGACAAGGUCUUCUGCUUUGUCCAUCUGAGCAUUCAAGAGUUUCUGGCUGCUCUUUAUGUCUUUCUCUCAUUCAUCAAUGAUGGAGUCAAUCUGCUGUCAGCAACACAGUCAACCUCCUGCAGGUCUAAACCACGUGGAGACAAAUGUGAAAAACCAGACCUCUACCAGAGAGCAGUGGACAAAGCGUUAGAGAGUCCAAACGGACAUCUGGACUUGUUCCUGCGCUUCCUCCUGGGCCUCUCACUGGAACCCAAUCAGAAUCUCCUACGAGGCCUGCUGGGAAAGACAGGAAGUAAGUCACGGACCAAUCAGCAAACAGUCCUGUACAUCCAGAAGAAGAUCAGGGAGGAUCUCUCUCCAGAGAGAAGCAUCAAUCUGUUCCACUGUCUGAAUGAACUGAAUGACCAUUCUCUAGUGGAGGAGAUCCAACAGUACCUGACAUCAGGAAGACUCUCCACAGACCGACUCUCUGCUGCUCAGUGGUCAGCUCUGGUCUUCAUCUUACUGUCUUCAGAAGAGGAGCUGGUCGUGUUUGACCUGAGGAAAUACUCUGCUUCAGAGGAGGGUCUUCUGAGGCUGCUGCCAGUGGUCAAAACCUCCAAUACAGCUCUGUAA